AUGAGAGCUCUUAAAUAUGUCUUCCUCCAGGAAGAGUUGAUGUUUACUGCAGCAGUUUCUUUAUUAAUUGUUGUUUUGCAUUCAAUGGCAACUGCUUUAGUGUUUCUGACUCCCUCCUGCCUGUAUUGGCUGUAUAUGAUCGAUUUCUUCACUGUUUUGGCAUUUCAUGGCAUUCAUUCGAGCAGAGAGGGGAAAAGAAGGGCUCUUAAACGAGGUCUUAAAACUUCUGACUUGCUUAUUAAGAGAGGGAUCCCGGUUGCCUCCAGGUGCUACAGGUUUCUGGCAGCUUACCAGCGGUUUGGCCACCGGAAACUACGAUACCAAACGGCCAAUAAUCAGCCGCCGGUAAAGGCAUUACACCGCCGGUUUAUUACCGACGGUUACCGACGGCCACCGGCGGUGUUACGCGGUACAAAUAUCACCGGAAAAAAUGGCGUAGGUAACUAUUUCUGGCGGCCUUUUUCCGGCGGCUUUCCAGCGGCCUGGCAGCCGCUUGCGGGUGAGAGAUUGAAGCUGGCGAACCGAUGGUGGGCCGGGAGCGCGGGGUUGGGAGGAGUGGACCGCUCGGUCUCCUCCUCUUCCCCCGCCGCCGCCCCCUCCAUCCCUUCCCUCCAUCUCCGUAACCCCCUCUCCGACGAUCACCCCCACCUCCUCGACCCCAACCCAGGCGCCACUAACAGCAGCGGAAGCAACACAAACAAUAACGAUUCUGCCAGCGCCGAAGACCAAUCCGCCGGCGCUGAUACCGCAGGCGGAGAUACAACCCCCGGAAGCACCACAGUCGACCGCCGCCGCCCCCGCGGCCGCCCAUCUGGCUCAAAAAACAAACCUAAACCACCCAUCAUCAUCACCCGCGACAGCCCCAACGCCCUCCGCUCCCACGUGCUCGAGAUCUCCACCGGUACCGACAUCAUGGACGCGGUCACGACCUUUGCCCGCCGUCGCCAGCGCGGGGUCGCUAUACUCAGCGGCAGCGGCAUCGUAGCCAACGUCACCCUCCGCCAGCCAGCCGCCCCGCCGGGUGCCGUGGUUUCCCUUCACGGACGCUUCGAAAUCCUCUCCCUCUCCGGCGCUUUCCUUCCCGCUCCUUCGCCGCCUGGAGCAACUGGACUAACCAUUUAUCUCGCCGGCGGGCAGGGUCAAGUGGUAGGUGGCACCGUACUGGGUGAGCUCGUCGCGUCGGGACCGGUGAUUGUUAUUGCGGCCACUUUCUCAAACGCGACCUAUGAAAGGCUUCCGCUUGAAGAGGAAGAGCCGCCGGCGACGGAUGAGCCACUGGGGUUUGACGCGGGUGUAGGGGCUGCCGCGAUGCAGCAGAACGCAGAGGGCGGGGAGCAGUUCCCAACGAUGCCGCCGCUGUAUAAUGUGCCGCCUAAUCUGAUGCCCAACGGUCAGCUUCCGCACGAUGUCUUCGGCGCUUGGGCUCCUCGGCCGCCAACAAACUACUAAGUCUUUCUUAGCUCACGAGUCAUUUCCUUCUAAAUUAUUUCGUCUUCGUUAAUAUUAUUAUGCUUGGGUUUUAUUUCAUGUUUCUUGUGAUUCAGUUGCUUGUUUUUGUAUGAGUAAUGCUACACUAUCCCCCAAACACACGAAGAGGUUUUUUUGGGCUAUAGGUGGAAGUUAGUGUAGCAUUACUGUUUUUCGUUUUUACACAGUUAAUUAUCGCCUUUUAACUUUCUUUAGUGUUUAGAUUCUCUAUAAAUAAAAACUUUCCUAAAUUUUGAUUAUCAA